AUGUCUGAUCUUCAGCUUGGUAAAAUUUUUUACGAUCAUAGCCAUGGUAAAUAUUAUGUGGAAAACAAUUUAGAUUGGAAUCCAUACCCCACUAAAGAAUCUGAUAAUGCUAGUCUCAUGUUUUGGACUUGCUUUUCAUGGUAUAGACUAGGACCAAUAGUCUCUAUCCGUGGCAAUGUAAAUGGUGAAGCUUAUGUUAGACUUUUAAAAGAGCAUGCUAUUCCUGCUAUACAACGUCUAGUUCCUAAUGGACCAGGUAUUUUUCAGCAAGACAGUGCUUCUCCACACCGUUAUUGGAAAGCUAAAGAAACUCUCAAAAAAGCUGGUAUUUCUAUCCUACCUUGGCUUGCCCAAAGUCCAGAUAUGAAUCCAAUGGAAAACAUGUGGCAUGAAGUUAAAAGACGUUUGCAUAAUUCUCCAGAUAAGCCUACAAGUAUUGAUGAUUUAGAGGAAAAGGUUAUAGCAGCUUGGUAUUCAAUUCCAUACCAAUAUUAUCGUGAUGUG